AUGCCUGGGUUGGACGCUCUUGAGGUUCCUGAUAUUCCAGAAGUAAAAUAUGAAUAUCUAGAUCACACUGCUGAUGUACAGUUACAUUCCUGGGGUAAUAACCAAACAGAAGCAUUUGAACAAAUUGCCAUGGCGAUGUUCAACUAUAUGACAACAAACUACGACUCAGUGGAUACUUCACAAAGAUUUGAAAUUGAAGCUGAUGGUCACGAUAUGAUGUCAUUACUUUUUCAUUUUCUGGAUGAAUGGUUAUUCGCGUUUUCAGCUGAUCCAUUUUUCAUUCCACGGAUUGUUAAAAUAACAGAAUUUGAUAAGGAAAAAUUCCACAUCAAAUCAUCUGGUUGGGGUGAACCUUUUGACAUUUCAAAACAUCCUCAGGGUACUGAAGUGAAAGCUAUUACCUAUUCAAAUAUGCAAAUUCAUGAAAACGAACAUAUGCACGAAUUAUUUGUAAUUAUUGAUAUUUAA